ACAUCCUGACCAUAUCAUUGUGAAGUCAACUGUCCAGCCUUGUCGCUGCUUCAUUGCCCUGUUGCCAUUCACAUGCGCAGCUGCACUUACGCCUACUUUUCGUACGUCGCAGUACUCGCUAACCCGCCUUGGUGCAAGCGCCCGUAGAACGACACCUUUCCAUCUUUCCAUCUGCAGCUCCCCUGGCUGUUCAGGAGCAUUGCGACGCCCCUCCCCCCUGUCCCCUGUCUCUUCCCACCCCCCAUUUAGCAAUUGCCAGCUCUCUCUUCCUUCUUACUUUCUUUAACUUUCACUUGUCCCCAUUACUGGGAACACACCGGUGAUUCUUAUUACCUUCUUGGAGCUUGCCCAACAUUUGCAGCACCCCCCAUCAUGGCGAGUCAGACGACCUCGAACCAGUAUUUGGGCGGGAAGCUCAACACCCGCAAGUCAUCGUCGCGCUCACCAUCACGGUCACCCUCUCGAUCGCCUGCAAGGUCGCCUGCGCCGAAAGGUCGCAAGCAGCAGCAGGAGCUGAAGCCAAACAGCUACACGUCUGAGGGAGUGCAAGACCAUGACAUCUUCAACCUCCCGGGCUCCGACUGGCAGCUGCUGGUGGUGUUGACAGCCAUAGCCUCCUUCGUGCGCUUAUUCAGGAUCUAUCAACCCAGCAGUGUUGUCUUUGACGAGGUCCACUUCGGUGGAUUUGCCUCCAAGUAUAUUAAGGGCAAGUUCUUCAUGGACGUUCACCCGCCGCUCGCGAAGCUCCUCCUCACAUUGGCGGGAUGGUUGGGUGGAUUUGACGGCAACUUCGACUUCAAGGACAUUGGCAAGGACUACCUGGAACCGAACGUGCCUUAUGUCACCAUGCGCCUUCUACCCGCUGUCUGCGGUAUCCUGACUAUCCCUACCAUGUUUUUGACUCUCAAGGCUGCGGGCUGUCGCACUACCACUGCAGCGUUGGGAGCGGGCCUCGUCAUCUUUGACAACGCGCUCGUAACUCAGUCUCGUCUGAUCCUCCUCGACUCGCCCCUCGUCAUCUUCACAGCCAUCACCGCACUCGCCUGGACAAGCUUCACAAACCAGCAUGAACAAGGUCCCACUAAGGCUUUCCAGCCGUCGUGGUGGUUUUGGCUGGCGGCUACUGGCUUUGGCCUUGGAACGACCGUCAGUGUGAAGUGGGUUGGACUAUUCACAAUUGCCUGGGUUGGCAGUUUGACACUUCUUCAACUCUGGGUUCUGCUCGGAGACUCCAGGAAUGUAACACCUCGCUUGUGGUUCAAGCAUUUCUUUGCCCGCAUGUUCUGUUUGGUGGUCAUUCCGGUGUCGUUUUAUAUGGCCAUGUUCGGAAUCCACUUUCUCUGCCUGGUCAACCCUGGUGAAGGCGAUGGCUUCAUGUCCUCCGAAUUCCAGGCCACCCUGAACUCCAAGGGUAUGCAGGAUGUCCCGGCCGACGUUGCGUAUGGAAGUCGUAUCUCUCUUCGUCACUGGAACACUCAGGGCGGUUAUCUCCACUCUCACACCCACAUGUACCCCACCGGCAGCAAGCAACAACAAAUUACCCUAUAUCCACACAAAGACGAGAACAAUAUCUGGAUCAUGGAGAAUCAGACUUUGCCGAUCAUGCCAGAAGACUAUGCUGGACCAAAUCUUACAAGCCCGAAAGCCUGGGAUGAGGUUGGCCCAACUUAUAUCGAGGACGGUGGCGUUGUCAGACUUUACCAUGUCACGACUAAUCGACGUCUUCAUUCCCACGAUGUCCGUGCACCUGUUACCGAGGCUGAUUGGCAGAAUGAGGUCUCUGCUUACGGCUACGACGGGUUUGAGGGCGAUGCGAACGAUCUCUUCCGUAUCGAGAUUGUCAAGUCCAAGUCCGACGGGGCUGAAGCAAAGAAACGUCUCCGAACCAUCCAGUCCAAGUUCAGGCUUGUCCACGUAAUGACUGGCUGUGUGCUCUUCUCUCACAAAACCAAACUUCCUGACUGGGGAUUCGAGCAGCAAGAAGUGACUUGUGCCCGUGGUGGCACUCUGCCGAACAGUAUUUGGUACAUUGAAGGCAACGUCCAUCCGCUUAUGCGAGAGGAUGCUGAACGCGUCAACUAUCGUAAUCCUGGCUUCUUUGGCAAAUUCUGGGAACUGCAGAAAGUGAUGUGGCGAACGAACGCUGGUCUUACUGAGUCUCAUGCUUGGGAUUCACGACCUUCGUCCUGGCCCAUCCUUCGCCGGGGUAUAAAUUUCUGGGGGCGAAAUCAUCGCCAAAUCUAUCUCAUAGGAAACCCUUGGACCUGGUGGAGCUCCACUCUGCUCAUCGGACUGUAUCUCGCUAUCAAGGCUAUCGCCGUUCUCCGAUGGCAGCGUGGAUAUCGCGAUUACACCAACGUCACCUUCAAGCGUUUCGAUUACGAGGUCGGCAUGAGCAUCCUCGGAUGGGCUUUCCACUACUUCCCCUUCUACCUCAUGGCUCGUCAGCUGUUCUUGCACCACUAUCUCCCAGCACUCUACUUCGCCAUCUUAGCGCUCUGCCAGAUAUUCGAUUUUGUGAGCUAUCGAUUCAGCGUCUUUGGACUGAAACAAUAUCCGGCGAUUGGUCAAGCAGCAGCUGUCGGUUUCUUAGCAGUCGCCAUCACUGUCUUCACGGUCUACUCUCCCCUCGCCUACGGUAACCAAUGGACCAGGGAUCAGUGUAACUCUGUCAAGCUUUUCGGAACUUGGGAUUGGGAUUGCAACAACUUCCUCCACUCGUACGAAGCAUACAACUCCGUAACCGCUGAUGUUCCAUCUAUUUCGGCAACGCCUUCACCUGCAGCCCCGCCACCUCCUGUCGCUCCUGCAGCUAAGCAGGAUGAAGUUUUAGAGGCAAACGACAACAAGGCGAAUGCAGAGAUCGUGUCAGAGAAGGCCGCCGUCUCCCCACCUCCACAGGAUAUUCCUCAGGACUUACCCGUUGUUUCCAAGGAAGAACGCGUCGAGUACCGCGACGAGAAUGGCCGUGUCCUCAACGAAGCUGAGGUGUCAGCGCUCGCUGGACAAGUAAGCUUCAAGACCCGUUACGAGACACGAACUCGCAUCGUCGAUGCUCAAGGCAACGAGAUCUACGAAGGCGUCGUCGAUCCUUCUAGUGAUGAGGAGCAGGGUGUCGCACCGCCUCAUCCCGAUGUUGAGGGUCAGAAUCCUGAGACGCAGGCGAGCAGCGAGGCAGAAGCUAGCGUCGCGCCGGUUAAUGUUGAGGUCAACGAGGACCAGGAGAAGGAGAGAAGUGUGGAGAACCAGGAUCAGAGUCAGGAUGCUCAACCGGCCAGCGAGGUACCAGUGGCAACACAGGAAUAGGCCCUCAUUCGUGCGAUCCGCCUAAUGUUCGACGAAGGUAUUCCAUUUUCAUCAUUCUCAUGUUAGCAGACUUGUCGCGUCUGUCCUUGAUUCCUUCUUUUUGUACCAUAGGGUAGCGUAUGGAGAAGUGGCGCAGGGGGUCUGGUGAUGAACUUGGAAGUCAUGGGAUGGGCUGUACUUUUUGGUCCGUAUUUGUAUGCUGGAAUGCUUCAUUCCACUCUUGCAAAAAGUGAUGCCCUCAUUACCCGGGGUCUUUCGGUUAUUUUGUCCCAGGGUAGACUGGUUGUCAUGGACUGCAAGCACUUGUGUUUGAGAUGAAGAUCUAAAUGCAAACGCUCAUUGCUUAAUGCAAACACCGUACUCAGAAACAAGCCGCAGC